GGGGACGGGCGCAGGGGGGAGGGCAGGGUGGUACGUGCCGCGCUCAGGGGGCGGGGUCAGCGCCGCCGCUGCGUCUCUCCGAUCCCGGCGCCGCCGCCAUGAGUAUGCUCCGGCUCCAGAAGAGGCUGGCCUCCAGCGUCCUGCGCUGCGGCAAGAAGAAGGUGUGGCUGGAUCCCAACGAGACCAACGAGAUCGCCAACGCCAACUCCCGGCAGCAGAUCCGGAAGCUGAUCAAGGAUGGGCUGAUCAUCCGCAAGCCCGUGACCGUGCACUCCCGCGCCCGCUGCAGGAAGAACACGCUGGCCCGGCGGAAGGGCCGGCACAUGGGCAUCGGUAAGAGGAAGGGCACGGCCAACGCCCGCAUGCCCGAGAAGGUCACCUGGAUGCGGCGGAUGCGGAUCCUGCGGCGGCUGCUCCGGCGCUACCGCGAGUCCAAGAAGAUCGACCGCCACAUGUGAGCCCUGUGCUCGACCCAGAGCCUGGAGGAUCAGGGACAGGGGACAGGGGACAGGCUGCUGUGGGGUUGUUCCAAGCGUUCCUCACGCCCCCGACCCCGCAGGGACCAGGCGGAAGCGCGGCGCUCCAAGACCAAGGAGGCGCGGAAGCGGCGGGAGGAGCGGCUGCAGGCCAAGAAGGAGGAGAUCAUCAAAACCCUGUCCAAGGAGGAGGAGGCCAAGAAGUGACCGCGGGCCGUGCCCUGCAGCGAGCGUUCCCCAGCCCCAGGCUCCCAAUAAAACAUCCUGGACUCUU